AUGGACUUAUUGGGCCUAAAAGGACCCAAACCUGUGAUAAUAUUCGGCAAUCUAUUGGAUCUGCUAUUCGUGUCAAAGCCUGACCUCGAAGUGCAGCGAAUGAAACAAUUUGGCAAAAUUUAUGGAAUAUUUGAAGGCAGUAAACCGCUGAUACAAGUGGCGGAACCGGAACUCAUCAAACAGAUUCUGGUGAAAGACUUCCGUUUAUUCAACACCAAAGUGCGGAUCACAAACAUCGGUCACCCCGUCAUCGAGCGUAUGCUUGUGUCAGUGCGCGGCGACACGUGGCGGCGCACGCGCGCAGCCGUAAGUCCCGCCUUCGCCAUCGGACGCAUGCGCAGACAGUACGCGCAGAUACGCCACUGCGUGGGCGAACACCUCGUGCAGCGAAUGCAGAGUUACGCCGACAACUGCGCGCCCGUCGACGUCAAGCGUAUGUACGGCUGUUUCACACUCUCGACGAUGACGUGGUGCGCGUUCGGCGCCCGCACUGACCCCUACCGGGACUCGGGGCACCCGUUUGUGGCCAACGCGUGGCCCGUAUUUAAGCUCCCGCUGUGGAAACUGUUGGCCCUACAGGUGUUGCCGGGCGUUGUUUUGCGCGCGUUUCGCAUACGUUCGCUGUUUGACGAGAAAUGUAUCGCAAAUAUAACGCAAACUAUACUUACGAUUAUGCGCGCGAAAGAGACGGCCGGCGAUAAAAGCGAUGAUUUUAUUAAUGUUGUUAUGAACUCAAAACUAGAUCCCAACGAAGAACUGCCCGAUGAUAAUAACCCCGACGAUGAAGAGAAUCUAGUGAUGAGAUCCAAGACUAACGACAGUAAUGUGAGCAAAAAAUCGCUGACAGAGGAGGAGAUCGUCGCCCAGGGGUUCAUCUUCUUUACGGCAGCCUUCGAUCAAAUGGCAAACCUGUUGUCAUUCAUAACGUAUGAGUUGGCGCUCAAACCCGAAGCGCAGGACCGGCUCUACGAAGAGAUCGCCGGCGCUCAUUGCUUUCCCUAA